AUGGCCCACGGACUCAAAGCUCUCCUCCCUGUCCUUUUCUCCCUCGUCGUUAUCGCCAAUGCUCUAGGAGACGGCAACGAUGCCCAUCUACAGGCUCGAGCUACACCUGCCCCUGCACCCCACAACCCCUGUGGAAGCGAACCCUACGGUGGAGAAAUAGUCUGCCUUGACGGACCUCAAGUACCCUAUUGCACCCUCAUUAGCGGCUCCGCCUAUUUAUGCCAACCAACCAAAACUGUCGUGCCCGUCCCGACCCCACCAAUCGACCCUCUAGCGCGCUGCACCCCGCCCUGCACGCCAGGCAUCAACUACACCACCAGGACUGUAUGGACUGAAUGCUCGUGCGCCGCGUGUCCUACCAUUUCUUGCGGUGGUGACUGCGGACCUGGCUCGACGAACGCUAUCACCACCGGUACGAACGGGUGUGCUAGUUGUGGAAGCUGCGUCCCUACUGGAAACGCGAGGCGCGAACCUGUGGCGGAGGCCACUCCUGCCGUGACGCACUUGUAA